UAGCCAGGAAAGGCCUAACCAUUUUAUAUUUCCUAUAGUUUUGAAGUCGAGCCCAGUAGUUGUUAGGCCUUAUGGGACAGAAAUGGUGCAUUCCCAGAUAGAAAGUUCUGGUUUCGGGAAAUACCCAGUUGUGGAAACUGCUCUUUUGGACGCAUACUCAAGGUUUUCAGCGGAUAUUCAGAUUGCCCGGAAGCUGUUUGAUGGAAUGUCUGAAAGAACUGUUGUCACGUGGACUGCUAUGAUCUCGGGCUAUACUAGAGUUGGACAGAUUGGGAAUGCGAUUUUGUUGUUUGAAGAAAUGUCUGAGUGUGAAAGAGAUCCGCCAUUUUGGAAUUCUAUUAUUGCAGGGUGCACGCAGAAUGGGUUGUUUUCAGAGGCUAUUUCAUUCUUUAGGAGGAUGGUUCUGGAGGAAAACAUGAGUAGAAGGAAUAGGCCUGAUCAGGUUACAGUUUUGUGUGCACUUUCGGCAUGUGGGCAUAGUGGAUUGCUACAGCUUGGGAAAUCUAUUCAUGGUUAUGUGUAUAGGAAUAGUCUAAGUUUGAAUAAGUUCGUUUCCAAUGCCUUGGUUGAUGUGUAUGGGAAAUGUGGGAGCUUGAAAGAGGCAAGGAGAGUUUUUGAUCAGACUCAGAAUCCAACUUUAACAUCUUGGAAUUCUAUGAUAAAUUGUUAUGCUCUGCAUGGUAAAAGUGAGAGUGCUAUUAGUGUUUUUGAGGAGAUGUUGGAGUGUGCGGAUCAAGUAGAACCAGAUGGAGUGACUUUUGUUGGGCUAUUAAAUGCUUGUACUCAUGUAGGAUUGGUUGAACAAGGGCGUCAUUAUUAUGACAUGAUGGUUCAAAGGUAUGGAAUUGAACCUAAAAUUGAGCACUAUGGUUGUUUAAUUGAUCUUCUUGGACGAGCUGGUCAAUUUGAUGAAGCUUUCAAAGUUAUAUCUGGAAUGAAGAUUGUGCCUGAUGAGGUUGUCUGGGGUUCUUUGCUCAAUGGAUGUAAGAUUCAUGGGCGACCUGAUUUGGCUGAAUUUGCUGUGAAGAAGUUGAUUGAGAUUGAUCCCAAUAAUGGUGGUUAUGUCGCAAUGUUGGCAACCUUAUAUGGGGCAAUGGGCAAGUGGGAUGAGGCCCGAGAGUUGAGGAAGAUGCUUAUGGAGCAAAAUGCCUAUAAGACACCUGGUUGCAGUUGGAUUGAGCUUGAUAAUCAAGUUCACCAAUUCUAUAGUGUUGAUAAAUCACAUCCUAGAACAGAGGAGAUUUAUGCAGUUUUGCAAUGUCUGGCGGAUUCAUACUGACAAUGAACAUUCAGGCCUUCUGCUGAUGUAGUUUAGACGGGGGUUGUUUGCUGCUCCUAAUUUCCAUUCUUUCAUCUCUGCACAAUAAUACACUGCCAGUCAAUCUUUCACGAUGUAGCAGGCCGCAGGCCUUGCUGCACUUAGCCGUUGCAACUAUUUCUUUGACAGUUCUCUGAUGUUGGAAUUAAUCUGUCUGAUGUAGCAUUUGAAUUUGUAACAUUUGAAUUUGUAACUGAUGUAACAUUGGAAUUAAUCUGUCUGGACAAUAAUACAACCUCAAUUUACAUGAAA